GAUCGGAGAGUGAGGAGAUGGGGGAGCUGAGCUGCUGGGGUGGGACCCUGAAGGCUGGGGUGAGGCUCGUGGGCCUGACUUGGUGAGCUUUAGGGGACUGACAGGAGAGUUACCUGAUGAGAAAGGUGGGUGACAGCUUGUGUAGUAAUGGGGAAUAAAACAAAUGGUGAUAAAUGUUCUUUCAUUUUGGAACAGGUCAUUCAGAUUCUAGGAGAUAAGUUUCCAUGCACUUUGGUGGCACAGAAGAUUGACCUGCCAGAGUACCAAGGAGAGCCUGAUGAGAUUUCCAUUCGGAAGUGUCAGGAGGCAGCUCGCCAGGUGCAGGGCCCUGUACUGGUGGAGGACACCUGUCUGUGCUUCAACGCCCUUGGGGGCCUCCCUGGCCCCUACAUAAAGUGGUUUCUGGAGAAGUUAAAGCCUGAAGGUCUCCACCAGCUCCUGGCUGGGUUCCAAGACAAGUCGGCCUAUGCACUCUGCACGUUCGCGCUCAGCACUGGGGACCCAAGCGAGCCUGUGCGCCUCUUCAGGGGCCGGACCUCGGCCUCUAACUGUUGUGGCCUCUCCCAUUGCGGAGCACAGGCUCCGGACGCGCGGGCUCCCGGACCAGGGCACGAGCCCGUGUCCCCUGCAUCGGCAGGCAGACUCUCAACCACUGUGCCACCAGGGAAGCCCUCAUCUUCAUUUUUAAGUGUACAAUACAAUAGUGUACACUGUUGUGCACCAGAUCUCUAGAACUUUCUCAUCUUGCAGAAUUGAAACUAUGCCCAUUGAAUAACGACUCCACCUUCCCCUCCUCUCCCCAGCACCUGGCAACCACCAUUCUACUUUCUGUUGCUAAGAGUUCAGCUACCUCAGAUACAUCAUAUAAGUGGAAUCCUGCAGUGUUUGUUUUUUUGUGACUGGCUUAUCUCACUUAGCAUAAUGUCCUCAAGUUUCAUCCAUGUUGUAGCAUGUGACAGGAUCUCCUUUUUUAAGGCUGAAUAAUAUUCCAUUGUGUAUAUAUAUACCACUUUUUCCUUUAUCCGUUUACAGGCAUACCUCAUUUUAUUGAGCUUCACAGAUAUUAUGUUUUUACAAAUUGAAAGUUUGUGGCAAUCCUGCAUUGUCAGAUGAUGGUUAGCAUUUUUAGCAAUUAAGUAUUUUUAAAUUAAGGUAUGUACAUUUUUUUAGACGUAAUGCUAUUGCACACUUAAUAGAUUACAAUAUAGUGUAAACAUAACUUUUAUAUGCAGUAGGAAACCAAAAAAUUCAUGUGACUUGCUUUAUUGCGGUAAUUGCUUAAUUGCAGUGGUCUGGAACUGAACCACAAUAUCUCCAAGGUCUGCCUGUAUUCAUUGAUGAACACUUGCGUGGCUUCCACUUUUUGGCUCAUAAUGCUGCUGUGAACGUGGGUGUGCAAAUAUCUCUUCAAGAUCCUGUUUUCAUUCUUUUGGAUAUAUAUCCAGAAACGGGAUUGCUGGAUCAUAUUGCCUGGUUACAUUUUUAACAGUUAGUUUUAGUGGUCUGCUACUUUCACGGAAAUGUUCUCUCAAAAUCAAAAGUAUGAACAACCACAGGCCCAACUUCCUGCACCAUGACUGACUAGCAGCUAUGCUGCUGAUGGGGACUGAUCACUGCCAUCUGACCAUUCCCUAUUGUCUCUCCGGCUUGGGCUGCUGUUUGUACUUUGUGGCUGCCAGCCCUGACUUUAACUGAGGUAGCCGUGUUUCUCCUUGUUCUGUUCUCCCCUGUGCUUUCUAAACCCCAGCCACAUUGUCCUUUCAACAGUGCAUAUGCUAAGCCCUUCUCUGUCUCUGGACCUCGGCACAGCUGUGUCCUCCACCUAGAAUGUGUUUGCCCUAGUCCUUUAUGUGGCCAAAGUGUCCCCUCCUCACUGAGGCCUUCCCUGAGCUCCCCAUCUUGUUAUUCUUGAGCCCAGCUCCCAGUUUGUUGCCUCUAAGACACUUUGCAUUUGGUAAUCAUUAAUGUGUUUACUGAUGUAAUGCUUGUUUUGCUUAAGAGAUCCAUUCUGUGAAGGCAAGGCUAAGGCUUUCUGUUUUCCUGGUGCCUGCUUCGCUGAGGUGUUCAAAAAACAGCUGUUGCAUGGGUGAAGUUCAGAGUGGUUCAGUAACUGGCCUCAGUCACACAGCUCCCCAUUAGCAGAAGCAGAAUUUGCCUUUGGUCUGAAUGACUUGGAAUUUAUAUGGCUAAUCCCCAUCCUCUACUACAUCCCUUGUAUUUUAUAAGUUUUUUUUUUUUUUAAACUCCCAAGGUAACCUGACAUCUCAUGACACUGGUUAUCUUUGUCACAUUUUCCUUUUGGAAUUUGCCCAUUACAGCCAGUAUUUACUGAGCUCAUUUUUGUGUUGAACAUUGUGCAAAGUAAUUUCUAUUUUGUUAUUUCAUUUAAUUGUUAGCGCCUCCAUUGUGUUUUGAGAAAUGCAGUAAUAGUAGCAGGCACAGGGCUUGGCUGCAAAGUUCAGAGCCCUCAAAUUUUCUGUUAGGAGAAAAUGUUUUCUGUCAGUCUUUCAAAGUUGAUUCUCUUCUUCAGUAAGGUCACAGUUGUCAAAGCUUCAGAGAGGGAGGCUGGUCCCAGGGGUAUCGGUGGGCUGAUCAAGCAUGUGGUUCCUCCCUGUCUGUGGGGAGCGAGCCGUCCUGCUCUGCAUUUCAUCUGUGUUCAGCAAACAUUUGCUGGCCCCAUGGACCCCUUGAAAUAAUAUAUUUUGAGUAAAUAGGGUUUAACCAAACUCAUGAACUAACCAAACUCAUGCCGGCUCCUGCCCUCC